GGGGGGAGGGAAGGCUCCUUAUGUUAGCAGAUCUAAAAAUCAAGGCCUGACUUAAGAGUUUAUCUUGUAAGAGCCACAGCGCACUGAACUAGUCCGGAUUUUUACACCGCAAGGGGAACUGGAGUCGUGCGUUCUCGAAAUGAACUCCACUUAGGCAGCCCCGAAGCUGAUGGCUGGGCUCCCCAUCAGGGACACAAGUACCUACACGUUUGCAGAUCGGCGUGCCCUUUCUGCCCCGGAGGUCUGUCCGUCCAGCUUCCGUCAUCUGGCGCUAUGCAUCCGGUUUCCAGCUUGUUGGAGAAACUGCUGUACGUCACCCUGACGGUCCUGGGUUCUCCGGUCAAUUCAGACCCGGCGCCUCACUUUGCUUCCGAGCCACACUCCGUCAUCCAGAGACCCGGCGGCUCCGUGACCCUGCGCUGCUUGGCCGAGCCCGCCACGGCUCACGUCUCCUGGCUGUUCAACGGAGAGAGGUUGGACGGCCGCGCGGAGGGAGUGGAGGUGCGGCCGGGCUCUCUGACCAUCCUGUCUCUCGACCCGUCCCUGGCGGGGCGCUACCAGUGCCUGGCCAACACCAGCGCCGGGGCCCUCGUGAGCAGGAUCGCCACGGUAUCCGCCGGAUACCUCGGUGAUUUUGGCCCGUCAACCAAAAAUGUGCUUUCAGCGGAAGAGCGGAGUACUAGUAUUAUUGGCUGCCAGGUACCAGACAGCAACCCCACAGCACAGGUGCGCUAUAGAGUCCGGGGGAAGUGGCUGGAACAUUCCACAGAUGACUACCUUGUUCUUCCAUCUGGAAAUCUUCAGAUCCUGAAUGUCUCACUUGAGGACAGAGGGGCCUACAGAUGCGCGGCUUAUAACCCGGUCACCCGAGAAUUAAAGGUUGAGCCCGUCGGCCACAAGCUCGUCGUCAGCCGCUCUACCUCGGAGGGUUUCCGGAUUCUUCAUCCCAGCCACCCGCAGACGGUGGCCUUCCCGGCGAACAGUCCGGCCACGCUGGAGUGUGUGGUCAGCGGGGCGCCUGCUUCUCAAGUACGCUGGCUGAAGGACGGCCAGGACGCCCUGGCGGGCGGUACGUGGAGGAGGUGGCAUUCGCACCUGGUCACGGACAGCGUAGGUCCCGCCGAUUCCGGAAACUACUCCUGCGUGGUGGGAAGCGAGGCUGGGCAACCCCAGCGGGCGACCUACAGGGUCAGUGUACUCGAGCACGCCUCGAUUUCUAAAGGAUUGCAGGAUCAGACCGUGUCUCUGGGCGCUGCAGCCUACUUCACGUGCGUCGCUCACGGAAACCCUACCCCCAACCUCACCUGGUUUCAUAACGCCAAACCCAUCCGCCCUUCCCCGCGCCGCCUGGCUGUAGGGAACAGGCUGCGAAUCAGCGGGGUGACCAUGGGAGACUCUGGGGUGUACCAGUGCUUGGCAGAUAACGGCCUCGACUCCGUGCAGUCCGCCGGGAGGCUUGGAGUCGAAACAGGCAAAGGAUUCCAGCCCACGAUCAUCACGCCACCAGUCAGCGCUAACGUCGUAGGUGGCGAUUUUGUUACCUUAUCCUGCAACGCCACCGGCCUCCCGAUUCCCGUCAUUCGUUGGUACGACCGCCACGGCCUGAUCACCAGCCACCCGUCCCAGGUCCUCCGAUCCAAGUCCCGGAAGCCCCACCCGGCGAGAAACGGAGGCACCGCCCCGGAGCCCAUCUUCUUCGUCGUGUCCCGAGCCGGAUCGAGCUCUCUGACCAUUCAGGCGGUCACCAUGGAGCACGCUGGGAAAUACACCUGUGAAGCCUCGAAUGAACACGGCUCCGCCCAGUCGGAAGCAUUCCUCACGGUUGAUCCUUUUGAAACCACCACAAGGGCGGAGGCGGUCACCCCGACCGAUGCCGCGCAGAGCGACGAGGGAGCGAGAGAGGGCGGGUCGGUCCCCGGGCAGACGAGCCUGCUCCCGUGGCAGCCGCGUUCCAGCGCGACGGAGGCGUCGUCGGACGGGAACGCCGGCGGGGUCUCCGCUCCCGACGCCCCCAUCAUCCUGAGUCCCCCGCAGACCCUCAAGCCGGACACGUACCACCUGGUGUGGCGCUCGGGGAAGGAUGGGGGAUUGCCCGUCAAUGCCUACUUUGUGAAAUAUCGCAAGCUCGAGGACGGAGGCGGCGGGAUGGGAACCUGGCACACGGUCCGGGUCCCCGGGAGCGAGAACGAGCUCCACCUGACUGAACUGGAGCCCUCCAGCCUCUACGAGGUCUUGAUGGUGGCAAGGAGUGCGGCCGGAGAAGGGCAGCCGGCCAUGCUUACCUUCCGCACUAGCAAAGAGAAAGCGUCGUCGUCGAAAAACACUCAGGCCUCCUCUCCGCCGGAGGGUGUUCCUAAGAAUCCCGUCAUUCCAGAGGGGACCAACCAUAACUUCGGGGUGGUGCUUGGUGACCCCACCCGGCACAGUGGAGUUCCCGAGGCCCCGGACCGGCCCACCAUUUCUACCGCCUCGGAGACAUCCGUCUACGUCACGUGGAUCCCCCGGGCCAACGGGGGCUCCCCCAUCACUGCCUUCAAAGUCGAGUACAAGCGAAUGAGCAAGAACGACUGGCUGGUGGCCGCCGAAGACAUCCCUCCUUCCAAACUCUCCGUGGAAGUCCGCAGCUUGGAGCCAGGUUCCACCUACAAGUUCCGGGUAAUCGCGGUCAACCAUUACGGCGAGAGUUUUCGGAGCUUGGCGUCUCGGCCCUACCAGGUGGCCGGCUUCCCCAACCGCUUUUCCAACCGUCCCGUCGCCGGCCCUCACAUCGCCUACACGGAGGCCGUGAGCGACACUCAGAUCAUGUUGAAGUGGACGUACAUUCCUUCGAGCAACAACAAUACGCCCAUCCAAGGAUUUUACAUCUACUACCGGCCGACGGACAGUGACAAUGACAGUGAUUACAAGAGGGAUGUGGUGGAAGGUUCAAAGCAGUGGCACCUGAUCGGUCAUUUGCAGCCCGAAACCUCCUAUGACAUCAAGAUGCAGUGCUUCAACGAGGGCGGGGAGAGCGAGUUCAGCAACGUGAUGAUCUGCGAGACUAAAGUGAAACGUGUUCCCGGCGCCUCCGAGGAGCCCCUGAAGGACCUCAGCACCCCUCCCAUUUCUCCCGGGGGCCACUCCGGGCCGGCCACCGGUCCCGCGCGAAGCAGCGACAUGCUGUAUCUGAUAGUGGGCUGCGUGCUGGGCGUCAUGGUGCUCAUUCUUAUGGUUUUCAUUGCCAUGUGCCUGUGGAAGAACCGCCAGCAAAAUGCCAUUCAGAAGUACGACCCUCCGGGAUACCUGUGCCCGGGCUCCGAUCUCAGCGGGCCAAUGAUGGAGUACCCCGCCCUGCCCGGCGCGAGCCGAGUCAACGGCAGCGGGCCCGGGGGCUGCCUCGGCAACGGCUGCCCACACCUCCGCCAUAAGCUUCCCAACGGCGGCGGCGUCUCGAACGGAAGUUUGAACGGAGGCCUUUCCCCGGGACGUACCGAUUCCCUCUCCCUCACCCACGUGGAAUACGAGCACCCUCACCACCUGCUGAACGGCGGUGGGACGUACACAGCGAUACCUCGGACCGACCCGGUGGCCUGCGUCAAUUGUCGGAACUGCCGGAACAACAACAGGUGUUUCACCAAAACCAACGGCCCCUUCGGCGGCAGCCCCCCGGCCACGGUCCCCGUGACGGCCCCGUACCCGCCGGACUGUUUGGAGAUGAAGCCCCUCGGGCCCUUGACGGGGCCCCUGUGCCGGGCUCCCGUGGCGCCCGAGAGGGGCGUCCGGUCGCCCGAGGAGAGCCCCGAGGACAGAGGGGGGCCGGAGCCCACCCCGCCCCUGUGCUGCCGGGACGGCAGGAGGGACCCGCCGAUCUCCGGGCGGGCAGAAGGCGGCGGCGGCGGCGGCGAUCUGCCUUCGGAGACGGACGGCCUCAGCCGGAGCCCCCCGGUCCUGCAGCUCGGGCCCAAAGACCGCAGGGAAAGGUCGGCUUGGCCGCCCCCCGGAGCGGCGGCGGCGGCGGCCGGCCUCCUGGGGGACUUCCAGCGGCCCCAGGAGGCCUGAGGCCGGGGGGGACCGGGACCACCUUCCCACUUGCGCCCAGCGACUGCACAGCGCGGGCCUCGGGAGCCGCCGGAGGGGCGGGAGCCCAGAGCGGAGGCAGAGACGGAGGAGAGACGCUAUUUAUUUCUCGUAGUGGUAACGUCAUAUGAAUGUAUCUUAAAACGUUUGCCUUUUUCUA